UCCACCUCAUAAUCCAAACUCCAAAACACCCUCUUCUUUCCCUCCAACACAAGACCGUCCCAGCCAUCCAAAAAAAAAAAAUGGGCACCUUGGUGGGCCAUGUAGCUCCUGGCUUUGGGUUCCUCCUCUUAGGCCUAUGGCACCUCUUCAACCACAUCAAGCUUCACUCCCUCAGCCCAAACACCUACACAUCCCCCCCCUGGUUCCCAGCCCACAUCCUAAGGCACCUUGAGCUCAUCUUGAUCAUGGUGGGGUCCACCAUGUCCAUAGCCAUGGAACUAUUCAUCGGCCCCGAUCGCCACCAGCCGCUCGACCCCGAUUGGACCAUCCCAUCGAACCACCUACAGAAUUUUGAGCACUCCUUGAUAUCCUUCUCUUUCUUCAUCUAUGCCCUCUUCGCCAUCGUCCUUGAUUAUAUAAGGCCCCCAGCAGGCUAUGGGCUGGCCCAAUUGAGCGCUGCGAUAGCCUUCGGCCAACAAUUAUUCAUGUUCCACCUCCAUUCAGCCGAUCAUAUGGGCGUCGAAGGCCAAUACCACUUCCUCCUCCAAAUUGUCGUCCUUACCUCUUUUGCCACAACACUUAUGGGGAUUGCCCGACCAAGGAGCUUCUUAAUUAGCUUCGUUCGAUCGCUUAGUAUAACUUUCCAAGGUUUGUGGUUCAUAAUCAUGGGCUAUGCUCUAUGGACCCCAGGCUUCGUGGCAAAAGGAUGUUGGAUGAACUCCGAAGUAGGGCACCUUGUGGUGAGGUGUGAAGGUGAAAAAUCACUCCAUCGAGCGAAAUCGCUCGUUAACAUCCAAUUUAGCUUUUCUUUAGCUUGUAUGACCAUUUUCGCGAUGGUGGUAUACUUAAUUUUGCUCAGGCUAUAUAAAGAGCGGUCAGAGUACAUGUGUCUCGAUAGAAGAGAAGAUGAAUACAUAGACAAAAGCAGGAAUGACGAUGACGACGAAGACCAGAAAGAGAAGAUGCUUGAGGAAUCGAAGAGCUUCAUCCACAUGGGGAAAGGGUUUACAGCCUUAGAGAUGGAGAGGUAGAAAGGUCUGGGAUUAGGUAUGUGUCAUCUUGUUUAGGUGGGAAUCCACCUUGAUUAUGUCCUUAGAAAAAUAUGGGGUCCCUGACCUUUUUUGAAUUCAAUAAAGGGAAUGGGAAAAACCCUAAGAAAUGGAGGUUUGUGCUUAAAAAAAGUGCAUGGUGUGUGGUUUGGAUUGGUGGCUUGUAGCUGCCCUUUUUUCUGUUUGGAUGUAUAGAAAAAGUGUAAGAAAGCUGAAUUAGGCUGUCUUGAUACUGUUAAAUUGUAGAGAUUGGAAUUGAUUGUGUUUCUAA